CUUUUAGCGCAUCUGAAGACUUGAGAGGUGAGAGAAUGGAAGGAGAAGAAGAAAACCAGGAAAGCAGCAGGAAAUUGAAAAAGCAGGGAAGACCUCAACUGCCAGUUUUAUUGGUAUCAUUCUUUACUUUUCACUUGCAACAGAGAAGCUGAGGCUCAGGUGGCUUAACUCAUGAACUGUGAACCAUGUACAUCAAAGAGGAAGAAGAGAAAGAAGAAGAAGAAGAAGAGGGGGGAGACAUGUACCCCACACAGAAAAGAGGGAGAGAGUGAAAUUGUGAAUGAAAGCUCGGGGAACAAGAGGAAGAAGAGGGAGGAGAUGGAGGUCUAGUAGCUGUGGGUAUUUAAGGCACAGUGUUCUCACAGUAGUGAGAGAGUGACUUACUGAACAGGGUGUCUGUCUCUGUGCCUCUCAGUCAGCUUAAAGCAGCUCUGCGCUAUGCUCAACAGGAAACCUGCACUCCAGAGACUCUUGCCUGUCUAUUCGUUUUUCUUGUCUGGUAGCCUUUUCUGUUUUUCCUCUCUCCACCUGUCUCGCUGUCUUUCCCUCUUCUUUCCCUGCACACACCGUGAGCUCUGUGUUAUUAUUUAGUCUCUGUCCUGAAGCCCCUUUCACCCGGAUCUGAAUAUCGUACCCUCCAACCCCCUCCUCCUCCUCCCUCCCUCUCUCCCUCCCUCCCUCCCCUGCCUCUCUCUUUCCCUUGCCUUGUUUCCCUGUUUCUCUCUCUCUCUCUCUCUCCCCGUGAGGAGGGAAAACAGCAUCAACGGCCGAGCCACAGUAACAGCACAUGCAACAGGGUGCAGGCAGCACCUUCUGCUUCGCCACCUCUCCUCUCUGACUCUCAUCUCUCCCAGGGGAAGGCUACAGGCAAGAAAAGAAGAGCACAGGAGUGCAGCCGAGCAGGUGAAGAUCUGCUGUCCCACUCCUUUUCAUCAAGAGCUCAGAAAAGGGAAAAAGUAAAAGACACAGGGAGAAAGGAGUCAAAAAUUGCUCUUUUCAAAGUGAAAAAGAAGACUUAAAGAAAGAGGAGAGGCACAGAGACUGAGCGAAUCAGGCUAGUUCAGUAAGCAGAAGAGUUAAGAAUGAAGUGAAGAUGCCACCUGUGGCAUUAGUUUGAUUACAGCCUCCUGAUCUCUGCGUAGCCGCCCUACUUUCCACAUCUCUUCGACCAGAUUUUUAACACCAAUGGCUUCCAAGAAGAAGUGGGCUGAGCGCAGGGAGCUGCGAAGGGAGCGGCCGUUCUCCACCCGGGAUGAUUCAUCUGUUGCAUCUGGGACAUCUGGGCCAGGGCGUCCCACCACCAGGGGGCGUUUCUCAGAGUCGUGGAAGAGGCUCAGCUCCAGAGGGGGGUCCACCAAGAGGGGGGUGCUCAACUCUCAGCAGCCACCGGCACAGAAAUCGUGGAUAGAAAGAGCAUUCAGCAAAAGAGAAUGUGUUCAUAUCAUAGUGAGCGCCAAAGACCCCCAUAGGUGCUGUUGUGGUCGUCUGAUAGGUCAGCAUGUGGGCCUGCCCCCGGGCAUCUCAUCCAGUCAGAAUGAUAAGGCAGAGCGUUUGGCCAAAAAUGACAGCCUGUCGGAGAAGUGGUCGAUCAGCAAGCACACACAGCUCAGUCCCACUGAUGCCUUCGGCACCAUUGAGUUCCAGGGAGGAGGACACUCCAACAAAGCCAUGUAUGUGCGAGUGUCUUAUGACACCAAGCCUGACCUGCUGCUCCACCUGAUGACCAAGGAAUGGCAGCUGGAUCUGCCCAAGCUGCUCAUCUCAGUCCACGGGGGCCUGCAGAACUUUGAAUUACAACCCAAACUCAAACAGGUCUUCGGUAAAGGGCUCAUCAAGGCUGCCAUGACAACAGGAGCCUGGAUAUUCACUGGAGGGGUCAACACAGGGGUGAUUCGCCAUGUGGGUGAUGCACUGAAAGACCACGCCUCCAAGUCAAGGGGGAAGAUCUGCACCAUUGGCAUCGCUCCAUGGGGCAUUGUAGAAAAUCAAGAGGAUCUUGUUGGCAAAGAUGUGGUGCGUCCAUACCAGACCAUGUCCAACCCAAUGAGCAAGUUGACCGUUUUAAACAGUCUUCACUCCCACUUCAUCCUGGCAGACAAUGGCACCACAGGAAAGUAUGGCGCUGAGGUCAAACUGCGCCGCCAGCUGGAGAAACACAUCUCCCUGCAGAAGAUCAACACACGUAUUGGUCAGGGUGUACCUGUGGUGGCUCUGAUUGUAGAGGGAGGUCCUAAUGUGAUCUCCAUAGUGCUGGAGUACCUCAGGGACACUCCUCCAGUCCCUGUGGUGGUGUGCGAUGGCAGUGGCAGAGCCUCAGACAUCUUGGCCUUUGGACACAAAUACUCUGAGGAGGGAGGCAUAAUUAAUGAGUCUCUAAGAGACCAGUUGCUGGUGACCAUCCAGAAGACAUUCACCUACAGCCGCACACAGGCCCAACAUCUGUUCAUCAUUCUCAUGGAGUGCAUGAAGAAGAAGGAGCUGAUAACAGUUUUCCGGAUGGGGUCAGAGGGACAUCAGGACAUUGACCUUGCCAUCCUCACUGCAUUACUCAAAGGUGCCAACGCUUCUGCUCCUGACCAGCUGAGUUUAGCGCUGGCGUGGAACAGAGUGGAUAUCGCCCGCAGUCAGAUCUUCAUCUAUGGACAGCAGUGGCCCGUCGGUUCCCUGGAGCAGGCGAUGCUGGAUGCCUUAGUUCUGGACAGAGUGGACUUUGUCAAGCUUCUGAUUGAGAAUGGAGUCAGUAUGCACCGUUUCCUCACGCUUUCCAGACUGGAGGAGCUCUACAACACGAGACAUGGACCAUCCAACACACUGUACCACCUUGUCAGAGAUGUCAAAAAGGGAAACCUGCCCCCGGACUACCGCAUUAGUCUCAUCGACAUUGGACUGGUCAUUGAAUACCUCAUGGGCGGGGCAUAUCGGUGUAACUAUACCAGGAAGAGAUUUAGGACUCUAUACCACAACCUCUUUGGACCCAAAAGGCCCAAAGCCCUGAAACUGCUGGGGAUGGAGGAUGACAUGCCAAUCCGCAGAGGCCGCCAGAAGACUACACGCAAACGAGAGGAAGAGGUGGACAUCGAUUUGGAUGACCCAGAAAUCAACCACUUCCCUUUCCCCUUCCAUGAGCUGAUGGUGUGGGCCGUGCUUAUGAAACGUCAGAAGAUGGCACUGUUCUUUUGGCAGCAUGGUGAAGAGGCUAUGGCCAAGGCCUUGGUAGCCUGUAAGCUUUGCAAGGCUAUGGCACAUGAAGCCUCUGAGAACGACAUGGUGGAUGACAUCUCCCAGGAAUUAAACCACAACUCCAGAGAGUUUGGCCAGCUGGCAGUGGAACUCCUAGACCAGUCCUAUAAACAGGAUGAGCAGAUGGCCAUGAAGCUGCUGACGUAUGAGCUGAAGAACUGGAGCAACGCCACCUGCCUACAGCUGGCGGUAGCGGCCAAACACAGAGAUUUCAUCGCUCACACCUGCAGUCAGAUGCUGCUGACCGACAUGUGGAUGGGACGCCUACGCAUGCGCAAGAACUCCGGCCUGAAGGUAAUCUUAGGGCUGCUUCUGCCACCAUCCAUCCUGAGCCUGGAGUUCAAGAACAAGGAUGAGAUGUCGUACAUGCCCCAGGAUCAGGAGGCCUACCUGCAGGAGAAGGAGGAGGAGGAGCCUGAGAAACCAGUCAAGGAGAAGGAGGAAGAAGACAUGGAGUUCACAGUAAGAUCUUACUGUGAGGCGCAGUACAACUCCGUGGCAAUGCUGGGCAAGGUAACCACAGAGACAUCCAGAAAGAAGGAUGUUGAGGAGGUUCAGAACCGCCACCGCCUCAUCCCCAUGGGACGCAAGAUAUACGAGUUCUACAACGCUCCAAUUGUCAAGUUCUGGUUCCAUACGAUGGCAUACGUGGGCUACUUGAUGUUGUUCAACUACAUUGUCCUGGUUAAGAUGGACCUGUGGCCUUCUCCUCAGGAGUGGAUCGUCAUCGCUUACAUCUUCACCAACGGCAUAGAGAAAAUGAGAGAGAUCCUGAUGUCAGAGCCAGGGAAGUUAUUACAGAAGGUGAAGGUGUGGCUUCAGGAGUACUGGAACAUCACAGACCUUAUGGCCAUCCUCAUAUUCUCCGUCGGCAUGGUUCUGCGUCUCCAGGAGCCACCACUCAUGAGCUAUGGGCGGGUCAUCUAUUGUGUUAACAUCAUCUAUUGGUACAUCCGGCUGCUCGACAUCUUUGGAGUCAACAAGUACCUGGGUCCCUAUGUGAUGAUGAUUGGCAAGAUGAUGAUCGACAUGAUGUAUUUUGUGAUCAUCAUGUUGGUGGUGCUGAUGAGUUUUGGGGUGGCACGUCAGGCCAUCCUCAACCCUAAUGAAGACCCAUCCUGGAUGCUAGCUAGGAACAUCUUCUUCAUGCCUUACUGGAUGAUCUACGGAGAGGUGUUUGCCGACCAGAUUGACCCCCCCUGUGGGCAGAACGUCACUACAGAUGAUGGGGUGGUGGUGGCCCUGCCUCCCUGUAAGACCGGUGCUUGGAUUGUCCCAGCCAUCAUGGCCUGCUAUCUGUUGGUAGCCAACAUACUGCUGGUCAACCUUCUCAUAGCUGUGUUCAAUAAUACAUUCUUCGAGGUGAAGUCCAUCUCCAACCAGGUUUGGAAGUUCCAGCGCUACCAGCUCAUUAUGACCUUCCAUGAGCGGCCAGUCCUUCCUCCACCACUCAUCAUCUUCAGUCACAUAACCAUGGUCCUCAAGCACCUGUGUUGUCGCUGGCGCAAGCAUGACGACGAUGAGAGGGACUAUGGGCUGAAGCUUUUCAUCACAGAGGAUGAGCUGAAGAAAGUCCAUGACUUUGAGGAGCAAUGUAUAGAAGAGUACUUCAGAGAGAAAGAUGACAGAUUCCACUCCUCAAAUGACGAGCGGAUCAGAGUCACUUCUGAAAGGGUGGAAAAUAUGGCAAUGCGUCUAGAGGAAGUCAAUGAGAGGGAACACUUCAUGAAGGCAUCACUGCAGACUGUUGAUAUUCGUCUGGCACAAAUGGAGGAGCUGAUUGGACGAAUUGCUGUAGCGCUGGAGCGUGUGACGGGGGUUGAACGUGGUGAGGUCAACAAAGUACGUUCCAGGACUUCAUCUGACUGCACAGACUCUGCAUACAUACUCCGCCAGGGUGAGUGUCCUGAAGCAGCAUAUAUCCUCCGUCAAAGCAGCUUUAACAGCACUGAGGGGAAUGCCUACCGUCUACAGGAGGCGCUGGAGGGAACAGCUGAGGGCUCCAUGUCCCCUCCCUCCCCUACUGGCAUGGCCACACGGACAAGGAGCCACUCGUUUUAUGUUGGAGGUGGUCGUGGUGGUGGUGAACGUUCAAGUGGAGCUGAAAGAGCUGAGAGCUUCUUCAAAGAGCGCUCACUCAGCCUCCACCGAGCCAACAGCUCACAAUCUGUGUCCUCAGCUGCCGCCACCAAGGAGUCUAAGCCCCUCCCCCUGGCGACGCUGUCGGUCUCCCAGCAGCACCGUCCAUCAUCAUGCAUCGAUAUCUAUGUCUCAGCCUCUGAGGAGGUGGGGCCUGCGGAGGUCUUCCUGGAUCCUCUCCGUGUGGUCCCUCCGCUCCAGAGAGACUCCUCGUUGCAGUCAGAUAUCAUAGAGACGGUGCUGCCGGGAGGCCGGGACUUCAGCAGCGCUGCCACCAGCGGUUUGGGCGACAGGCACUCGGAAGGCGGUGCAGGCAGCAGCGGCACAGCCGGAGCCAUGUUUGACGACAGUGCAGCUGCUGAUUUAUCGUUGUGUUCGGCCCACCUCUUACCAGACCCCACCUUACCUCCUUGGGAUAUAGAACCAUCCCCACCUCCCUCAGCAGGGCUGCUCGAACGUUCUAAGAGCAGUCGCUACCUCUCUACUGCAGGGACAUCAUUCCUGGAUGAGCCUCCUCUGGUCAAGUCCCACAGCCUCAUGUUCACGCCAAGAGGCUGCUAUGGUGGACUGGGGGCAGGAGUCCAGGUAAAGGCUGCAGAGUACACCAGCAUCACUGACUGCAUCGAUACACGCUGUGUCUCAGCCCCAUACACUCCUGCAGAACGCUCACACUCCCCUGGAGGAUCCACCUCAUUCCCCUUUGAUAAGCCGUCAGACAUUGGUUCCUCUCACCCAGAAAGAGAGGCAGAGCUUAGUCACACAGAGUCUGACCCAGAGGACCCUGAGGACCUGAUUCCAGCCCCUGAUACCCCUCGUCUAGGGGGCCUUGGUGGGCCCAGUGGGGCCCCUCUCUGCUCCCCCUUCUCCAGGUUGGAGCGAGCAAACAGCUGCUCCUCAGAUGACUCCCAUCCUUCCCUCACGCUGGCCCCUCCGCACCGGAAGAGCCUGUCGGUGAGUGAGAGGAUGGAGAGGGGACCGGGUCUGGGGGCAGACAGGGGGCCUGGGCCAGGGGGCCGGGGUCUGGCAGGAACCAGAAACCCCUUCCUCAGGAGCAAAUCCGGAGCACGGCCUGAGACAGCCAAGACUGACACCCUCUCCAUGAGGAAGCUGGCCACUCCGUCAGCUUUCCGCAGCUUUGAUAGACAAAACUACACGUGACAAGGACACUGGUCAGCACACUCACAUACUGACAGGACCAGGGAGGAAAAAAUGAAAGGGCCAAGGUGAAAGCAGGGUGAAGUUGCCCUUAGAUGCUAAUCUGGACCAGAUCUAGUUUUUUCACUCAUGUUUUAGGUUAGAAAAGGUGAUAAAAGUUUAUUCAUAGUACGUGCUGGAGGGCAACUUUACCCUGGAUCGUGAGUGAGGAUGAAAAGGGAUGGGAGAUGAAGGGGUCCUACUGUACACCAGUCAAAUACAAAGAGCUAUGAAUCUAGACUAGUUUUUACCUCCUCUUGUAGCUAAGUAACUCUCAAUGGGGUGUUAUGGCAAUGGAAGGUGUAUUUGUACUGUCUUCCACCCACCACCUUUACGUCAAGUAGACAUCUGUCACUGUGUUACAUCACAUAUCAGUCACAUUAGUCAGAGAAAGUAUACUGUACUCCUAGCUGCAUUGUAUGGUAGAAACCUGUCAAGUCUGAGAGACAAAGAGAAAGAGGAGAAAGAAAGAUAAAACAACCACCUCAUUUUGUCAUUUUGUCUUAGCGUAGAGUCACUACUGUCACAAAACUCUCACCUUAAAUACAUUUUCCUCUCUUCAUAUAAUCCUAACUCCACCCUGUAAGACCCCAGCACAAGCAAACAGAAAGAUGGAAUCAGUGAAGUGUUUGGAACCCCUUGUGGUUGCAUUGGAACCGGUGGCUCUAACAUGGCAACAACUUACCUCUGGAUACACAAAUAUACCUUUCGAAUAAUCAAUUACCAAUCAAUAUUUAUCUCUUUUUUUCAAAGGAACAUCAAAUUUGUCUUUUGUUCACAAGUUGUAGCGUAAUUUAUCUACAAAGCUGUUUUUAUGUCUUUUGUCCAAUCAGCUAGAAAAAGAAAGCAGUGUUUGAACAUACUCCAGACAAAAGGUCAUUACUCUGUCUCCAGUCAUGGCUGUCCAGUGUCAGCAUAUGUGUCUGAAGUGGAACUGGAAAAGUGAAAUCUGUGAUUAAUUAGCCACGGGAUAAGAGUGAAAAGCUAAAAGCUGUCAGGAAAAACUGAGAAAGAAAAAGUGUCACGAAAACUAAGCUCCGCAGGCGACAAUAUCUAGUGUCUUUACAGCUCAUGUUGGGAGUAGUGAUUCAAGGGCGCAAGUUUAUAUCAGGAAAGUGAAUGAGGGCAGUCAGUGCUUUGAAGGCCAAUGCAUUAGAAAGGAAAUGAGAUAGAAGAGUUUUGUGAAGUGCAUGUCUGCAUUCACAUGGAUAUUUACAUGUCCACACACACACACACGGUCAGUGAAAUCCUACAUAUCACUUGGAAAUAAACGUAACUUCAGACCUGAUUCUAGAAAGCUUUAACAAGAGCAAUUGCAAAAAAUGAGGACAAGAGGGCGCUGUGAGCCUAUUUCAGACGCAGUGCUUGCUGGGCCAACCUGAUGUGAACCUUCUUUGCCUGCACCUGACACCAAAAAUCCUUCCAUUCAACCAACCGUAGCUUUCUUGUAGCCCAGCCCUCCUCCUUCAGGUUUUGGCAGUGGCAUUAUGUUGCAAUGGUUUUACAUCCACCUACACCUAAUGGAUCCGUCCUUCAUCUAUUCCAUAACUGUCAUUCAUUUGCCUUUAUUUGCCUUUUUAAUUUUUGUUAUUGCAUUCAAAGCCAGCCACUGCAAAAGCAGACAUUAAAAGAAAGCAGUUGCCCCAUGACUAAGCCCAUUAUAAAUCAUAUAGAGGUCAUUAAGAGGUCCUAAAGAAAGAGCUCAUUUAUGAAUUUAUUUUAAACAAAAAAAAAAGCUUGAGAAUAAGCUGUCAAGUAUAUGCAUUCUAGCUGAUAAAUAAGAAAGGUGUGCAUUUUAAGUGACAUGGAGGGUGAAAAAUGGGACUAUUAUUAUUAAAAGAUGAAAGCCAGAUCAGUGUUUUGAAAAUUUCUCAUUUUUUUAAUUCUAGUAGAAGAAGUCUGGAGGGGAGGAAGAUGUCCUUCUCUGAUAGCUUUGUAACGAUAAGAUAGGUGAAAUUAAUCUAAUUCUUACUGAUUUUUUUAUGUUUAUGUUUUAUAUAUCCUCGCUAUAACAAUUCAUUUUAAUCAUGUUGCAUUUAUUUUGAGAUUGAUUCUAUUUAUUGACAUUUUUCUUGCUCAUUGAUAAGUACAGUAAAUGCCUGUUUGAAUUACAAAAUUAAUAUUUAUAUCUUCUCAGUGAUAUUUUUGUCAAAUUUUAAGUAUUUUCUAAUUAAACUUUUAAAUUUAAUAAAAGAUGACCAUCUACAUGCACUAAAUGCUGAUGUAUUAUAUUAUUUAUUAAAUAUAGAACUGUCUGAUAUACUGUACAUUUCAAACAUAUUUAAAGUAUUUAAAGUAGUUUUUAUUGUAUGUUUUAUCAAGCAGCUUAUGAGAAUUUUCUAAUGUAAAGUUGACACGGCAAUACACAGUUGCCAGUAUACCAAACUUAGGGUGCCUUCUGGGCAUUGGUGGAGUAUGUGGGAACUGAGGUGAUUCAAAAGUCUGUGAAAUUUCUCAUGUGUUUUUUUUCUCUAAUCACAAAGCCCAAAUAUCAGUGAUUAUUUUCAACACGUGGCUUUUGCAUACUCUUAUAGACCUUUGUUGUUCUCUUAAAACACAUCUGAUGUACAGAGUAAGGGGAACUGUUGUUAUUAGUAGACUGUAUCAUUGCUUGUAUGGACAUUUAUUUGAAUCCACCCAAACACAUAAAAAGAUAUGACUGAGAAUAAUAGUUUCAUAGCUGAAGGGAGCUAUCUAUUUGCACAUGAAACUGAGACAUUAGGAUGAAUAUAUAGCAUCACCAUAAGGUUGGUGCUGUUGCAGUAGUUUUGUUUUCUUGUUUGAAUUGAAUACUUUAACUUAUCUCUGUGUCACAACCCAGUCUGCUGGAUGAUCGAAACUGUUCACAUGCCCACUAAACCUGACCCAAACCUUAAAGGGGUGCUCCACUAGUUUAGUGCAGUUCUUUCAUAAAACUGAGGGACUUACCUAAAACAGAUUUUUAAAAAGACUGGUCAAAAUAAAAGCAGCAGAGGCUGAGAUACCCUAACUUUUUGCCUCAAGCUUCAAAAAUACUGGAUUCUACAAUUCCCAUAAUGCAGCUCAGUAGCAUCCUUUGAUAAGACCUUCCCUGAUUGUUAAAUGUGCUCAUCUUUCAAAAUUCCUAAUCCCACAAUGACACAGGUCGUCUGUGAAAUACAAAAGACAUCAUACAACUGUGAUCAAUGGCUGUAAAAUCAGUGGAAUGCCCCUUUAACCGGUAAUUACAACACCAACAUAGAUUACAUGGGGGGCACAUGGUCAGUAUAGAUCAUGUAGGUUGGGCAGAUCGGGGGGUAACACAUUUAAAUACCUAUAAGAUGACAAAUAGGAUGUUGUAGCUGGUCAAUAUUUACAAAGGAACUUAUCUGCAAUUUCUACAACAAAUACGUAGGUUACAGUAUGUUUUAGAGAGGAAAGGUUGACCCCAAGUCAGUGCUCAGGGACAACAAUACCCCAGUGAUGCAAGGUAGUGAGUAUAUAGAAAGAAAGAUGGAAAGAAAAAGAAAGACAUGAGUUUGUCUUUAGCAGAAGGCCUCAAGUAUAAACACUGUGCUUUAUGAGUCUAACCAGGAAUCUUCGGGAUCAGAGAGAAUCUAUACAUUUUGUAAUUUAUGUUUUCAGAAAUGGCAAUAGUAAAUGAAUGAAUGUCUUUGUACUUGAUUGACUUGUUCACCCAUAGAAGUUUGACUUCCCAACAGUACAAACGAUAAGGAGGGAUUUUUUAUUUUAGAAGUUUAUGGAGGAUGUGUUUUGAUAGGGAGUGCUUUGAUCACGCAUAUUUGACCCUCCUGUACUGAACCAAACCAAACUUUGCCAAACCAAAUGGAAACGAUCUGAGUCGUGCUCUACUGACCUGUUGUCUAUACGGCUGUGGCAAACAGGGUUAACCAAGCAAAGUUCGAACGGCUCAACUCAGUUGUGCACAGCUAAGUAUGACUGUGUGCGACUGAGAGUCCAGGCCCUCCCAUUUGACCUAUUAUGAUAGGAAAUCAAAAUAUUAUUUUCUAAUUUCUUUAUCCUUUCAGUAAAGAAUGUGAGAUGUACGUACAUACAUGUCUAUGGCACUUCUAAACUCCUGUGUACAUGAUUCUUCAAUGGUUUUGUGAUAUGUUGACAUGGCUGUUGUGGACGGUGUUGUUGACAAGAGGGUGUGCAUAUGUGUGAAUGUGCGUGUACAUGAACUGCGUGUGCAUCCAGACAUGUAGGUGACACUAAUAACAGGGAGGCAUGCCAACACAACACAACCCAACGGAAUCUCAAUGUACAGUAUUUUUUAAAUAUUUUCCUAUACUGUAUCUUACAGUUUUGUGGAAUCAUGAGCAUAUGAUGAUAAUCAACAGAUCUGCUUCCCUCCUAUAUAACGACCUGUGACUCGUAAAAUCAAAGAGAGUUUCACGCACAUGUUUUUUCUGCAAUAACUGCUGAUGUUGUGCUUCUACAACUGAAAGGGACUCACACACACACACACACACACCCCUUGCUGGUCACACUUUAUUUAAUGUCCUUUAAAUGCAUGCAGUUCUUCCACUCAGAGUGUACAGAGACGACCUGUAAAGAUGACUGAGAGACAGAUAGAGAAAGAUUAUAACAUGAAAUCAAAGUAGUGAGUAUUUGGAUGCAAAUACAAAUCUGUAUUCUUCAAUGUGAAUAGGAUCAUGUCUGGCAUGCAUUGUUAAAUAAACAAUUAAAUAGAUUGGUACUCUGUGUCUUGCCUGUUUUUACUUUACUUUAUCCUUAACCAGUGACAAAAAGACUUAUCAGAAAUGUGAAGUCAGAGGUGUGUUUAGCACAACCAUGUCUGUUUUAAUGGGUUACAAUAAUCAGAAAAGACAAAGUUGUUUCAGACAUAUAAGCUUACAAAGAGGAAGAGGCAGAGAGAUGUUGCUUUAACUGAUUAUUAGAUCAAUGAUCUAAAACCUGUAGGGCCAAACAUCAGGAACAUCUGCAUUUCUCUAACUCCCUUUAUGAUUGGGGUGGGGGGUGGGGGGGUUGUUAACCUCAUAGCUGCAGAACUCAUAAAACAACAAAGGCUCACAGUGUGUAAACCAUCAAGCAAUGAGCCACAUCACACAAGCUGUUCUGCAGUUACGGCAGGACAACAGACUCCCACUGCCUCAUAUUGCCUUCCCCCACUGGCUCGUGGUGAGACGAGUGGAACAGGUGCUGCUCAGUGGACUGUCAUUUUUAAAACUUGUCCCACCACCACGAGGCAGAAACACAGUCUUGAAUUGAUCCCAUAGGCCAAAAACUCUUUAUGUGAUUUCUUCAAAACAACUGCCACUUUUUGUCCUUUUGAAAUUCAUUGUUUGUUCAUGUCACAUUUUACAACACAUAUCUCUCUUUCAGAUUAUUUACUUCUCAUCCUGGGCUCUGGCUGCCUGAGUGGCUUCUAAAGACUGUAAAACACCUGGUAAACACCUGUGUGUCAGUUUCUUAAAUUAACAAAACAGUGCACUGUUGCAUUUAUAUAGGUGUUGCUUUGCAAACACUUUACUUCAUCCUGCGUUAUGUACACAAUACCAUUGACACCUGCACUACCUGUAUUACAGUACAUUCAUUAGCCCUGUUUCCUCUGUAAACCAGUGAUCCGUUUUUGUUAAUACUGUGCCAAGGAGAUGUUGAUCCACCUUUGAGGUCAUUUUUGACACCAUAGUUCAUAAUGCCAUUUUAACUGAUUGCAUGUUAUUGUAAUGUACAAAGAUAACAAAAUCUUUGGCUCUGUAUUCCUUAAUGCAAUCUGCACCACUACACAUGGAUACAAAAAUCACCUUGGGAGUUGAAUCCUCCUUUCUGACACAAAGUAUGAAAUUCAUUUUUUCAGAGUAGCAUAAAAUGGAAAUACUCAAGUAGCCUUCAAAUACAAGCUUUAAGUAAAUGCAGGUAUGUACUUUUCAUCACUUCAUGCAUGUUGCCAAUGAUUUAUUUCUAAGUGAUUAACGUAUUCCUUUUUCUCUUUAAUGACUUUGCACCAGGCACAGGGUCAUUAACUCUUUCCAGGCUUCUCACCCUGUUGUAUCUGUUGUGUCGCCAUUGAGCAGCAGCGCUGCCUCCUGUUCUUCUCCGCAUGAAUAAACGGACUGCGCUGACAGGAGAGGCCUCUGACUAGACCAGGACUUCCAGUCUGUCCGCUUGUGUGUAUAAGGGUGUUCAUAUAAGGGAGCGGGGUCAGCAGUGGUGCGUCAGCUCCUACUGCGCGCGUGGAAGGGAACAUUCUGUACCGAGAUUACGCACGUGCCUCCUCCUCCUCUCUGUUACAACAUACGCACGCGCCCGCUCACACACACACACACACACACACACAAAACAACAAAAAAAACGUCUUCUCUGAUACAAUCAUCAUAUCGUGUCAACACAAUAACACGAUCCAGACAGAUGCGCAGCGCACUCCUGAACUCUUGCACUUAAGUGAGAAAGGAAGUGUUGAGCAGCAACAGCAGCAGCCGCGGAAGCACUUCCUCUUCAGAGAAAUGUUUACAGCUCUGCUGAAGGAGGAGCAGGAGGCGGCUGCAGGCUAUACGCGUCCGGGCAAGACCCUAGUUUGAACUAGAUUUGGAGUUUCUGCCACUAAAUCGAGUAAAGUGGAGGCAGAGUUCCAGCGCCGGACGAUCCGGGAAGAGGGCGAAAAGUCCCUGCAGUGUUUGGGCUUACACAGCAUCUGUGGUGCUCAGAUAGAGACUUAUUACUCCU